AUGGAAGGAGCUUUAUACGGCAAUCUGCCGCAGGAAGUCUGCCAAGUGGCCAACCAAAUUGGCAUCACUCCUGGCAUUGACAAAGCAGAAGAUGUCUUCAAGAGCUUCGUACAAGACCGCAUUCCUCGCAAAGAUUUGGGCGAUGAUUUCAAGUACAAGGUGUACGCUUUGUACGAGUUGAUAGACAAAAAUAAACCAGCGUGGAAAGCGGGAAAAGAGCCCUCCAAAAGGUUAAAUUCACGGCAGAAGAGAGCUCUUUUUAAUAUGAAAGACGCAAAAUUGAGCUACCAAGAUUUUGCUGAAAUAAACAAGCUUUGGCACUCCUACUUCCAGUCAAUCGUCUCAGAAGUCAAGUGUAAGGCUGAUGAGUUAAAGCUAUCCAGAGCAGACUUUCACGGCGCUCUACUACAAGUGUAUGCCUCUAAAAACACAACAGUUGUUGGAGCGAAAGGCUAUGUCGUCCAAGAGUCGAAAAAUACAUUCCGACUAAUCAACGAGCACAAUCGGUUGCUAUCCAUACCAAAGACAGGCACAGUCUUUGCCUUUGAGCACGGUGGCAAAGUUUAUCGUCUCAAUGGAUACAACAUGCUGAUGUCGAGCUUUAACCGGUCCAAGAUGAAGCCAAAGUUUAACUUUGUGUGCGGGCUUUAA